AUGCCUCCCCAGAUCCCAACGGAGGCCGAUUUCGCCUCCCUCUCCGGCACGCUCUCCGUCGCCCUGCACAUCCCCGACCCGCCAGAGUCCACCACCACUUUCCUCAUCCUCUUCCACGGCCUCGGCGACUACGAGGCUCCCUUUGCCGGCUUCGCUCGCGACCUCGCCCUCCCCGGCGUCUUUGGCAUCUCCGUCCGCGGUACCACUCCCCUCCCCGAGGCGCUACUGCCGCCCGGUGGCAGUGGACAGCAUCACCACUGGGGCGAUGACCUCAUUAUUGACCAUGCAACUGGGGAGCUCGACGAGGACCCUGGGUUUGAGAAGGCGGAGCGACUUGUCAUGGAGAAACUCAUCAAGGAAGUGCUCAUCACCAAGCUCGGCUGGGAAAUGAGCGACAUCCUCUUCUUUGGCUUCGGCCAAGGCGGCUCUCUGGCCCUUGGCUUGGCCUCCAAGAUGAGCCAACAGGACCGCGUCGUCGACGUCACGGAAAGCGACAAACCCCAACCCGGCACUGCCUUCAAGGGCGUCAUCUCCAUCGGAGGCCCACUGCCGCAGUCUAUGGUUUCGACUGUCAGCGCACACGAAAAGAGCCGCACCAACAUCCUAGUGUGCCAGCUGGAACCAGACGCUGUCGACAAUGCGAAGAAGGAGUUUGCAGACGUCAAGGUCGUGCAGUGGAAGCGGCAGGGAGUCUCGAUGCCACGGGACAAGGAUGAAGUCUUGCCUCUGAUGGAGUUCUUUGCGGGUAGACUCAAGAACGAUUUCUAA